AUGGGGGCGUCCCGUCCGAAAUGGCUGAAGAGAGCAGCUACGAUUAUUGGGGUGGGGGGUGGGAACUUCGACGCGAUGGUGGCGGCCGUAAGUGCAGCCAGUGUUGGGCAGUCGUGGGCCGAGAAGUACAAGCCGGCGACCAUCGCCCAGAUGUGUUACCCGGCGGCUGCGAACAAACUAAAGGCGUGGGUCGAGGCAUUCGACGCCGAUGGUGCCAAGAGGCGGGGCGCCCUGCUAUCCGGUCCCCCCGGCGUGGGGAAGACAACCUCCGUCUACGUGGUGGCCAGGGCGCUUGGCCGCGUUGUUGUCGAGUACAAUGCCAGCGACUUCCGCAGCGGCAAGUCCCUCCGCGAGCACGUCACAGUUGCGAUCAACAACCACGCCUUUAAUGCGAACGCCUCCGCGUACGCCAAGAUACUUCUGCUCAUGGACGAAGUGGACGGCUGCGACGUUGGCGGGGUGAAGGAGAUUAUAGAAAUGAUCAAGACAACAAAGAUACCAAUUGUGUGCACUUGCAACGACCGCUGGCACCAGAAGCUGCGGUCCCUCAUGAACUACGUGGAAGACAUCCGCGUCACCCGGCCCCCCUGCAAUAUUGUGGCAAACUACCUCUGCGACAAAGUAUUGGCCCGCGAAGGAAUUUCCCUCUCGAAACAGCUCCUGCAGGACGUCAUUCAGCGGUCUGGAAGCGAUAUUCGCAGCAUGUUGAACAACCUGCAGGUGUGGUGUCUGGAUCGCACCUCGCUGGAGCAGAAGGCCCUCGCGGCGUGCGCCGUGCAGUCGGCGAAGGACAGUGACGUGGGUUUGUUUGAGGCGGCGGAAAAGUUUCUGCUGCAAGGCACCUCCCGCGGCAGGCCCCACUCCAUUGAGGAGUUGCAGACCACCUUUUAUAAUUCGGAUCUGGUGGAUUUGUUUGUGCAGGAAAACUACAUUCACUUCAACCCCGAGGGCCGGGAUUGGAUGGAGGCCGUGGCGCGCCGCCGACUCCAUCUCGCUUGCCGACGUCGUGCAACGCGUCAUGUACUUUGGGCAGAACUGGUCCGUUUCGCGUGCCCAUGUGCAGCUCUCCAGCAUUGCGCCCUGUGCCUUUACCCGCGGCCACUACGAGUCUUUUCUCUCCGGGCAGCAGGCUUCGUUUGA